AAACUUCAUGAAUCACUUGAACGCUGUUUAAGCAAAGAUGUUUCGGUGAACUAACAAAUGAAUCAAACUGAUUCAAUGGAGACCUGAUUCGUUUUUAAGCACGUGAAAUUACUUAAAAUCUGAUGUAUUUUUGAAAAUAUAUUUCUAAAGUAUUAUUUAUUGUACCAAGGUACCCAUGGAGACCAAGUACGUUUUUUCAGAGCAUUUUUUGAAAAGGGGGAGAAAUGCCAAGCAUUGUACACAAAACGGCAACUGAUUCUCUUUAACGGCUGCGAUAGACUGGCCCAUCUGUCUCGGCUCACUGGACCACCGUGAAAUGAUUAUAUUGAAAGAGAGCCUGUUUCAGGGCUUUACCCUGAUGAUGAUUUGCUUAGGUUUAGGCAUUGGGUUUUUGCUGAGGUUUAUGGUUUCUGUAACUCAAGAUCAAAUGGUGUGGAUCAAAUUCCCAGGAGAUUUGCUGUUUAGCCUGCUUCAGUUUUUUGCUGUCCCUCUCAUUGUGACACGUCUAAUGGCAGAAGUAAGUGGAUUAAACAACAGAUUGCCUGGGAGAUCAGCCUUCUUCAUAACAUCGUACAUCUGUGGCUCUACCUUCCUGGCUGUAGCUCUCGGACUGGCUCUAGUGAUCCUGGUCAAGCCUGGUAUGGAAUACACAACCGGCAAAAAAACCGUUAGCAUAGAUAUGCCGACCCCCUCUUAUCAUGUGGUUUUCAUGGAUCUUAUUAGGAACUUGGUUCCAGAGAGCUACCCUCAGGCUUUCUACGAGCAGUUCAGGACAAGGAUUGUUCAUGUUAAAGUGCAAAGUUCGAGUCCCGCCAUAGAUCCAGCAGUAACGCAGAAUGGCACUGAGACGAUGCUGAUAGGCCAAUAUGUUGCUGGAGCCAACAUGGUAGGAUUGAUCUUCUCGACUGUCAUGAUCGGCCUCAUGUUAAACAGGGCGGGACUCAAAGCCGAAGCCACUGUGAAGUUCAUUAAAUGCCUCAGCAUUGCACUGAAAAUCAUUUUCGACUGGAUCUUGUGGUACUUGCCAUUUGGCCUUUUGUUCCUGGUUGUGGAACACGUGUUGAACGUUAACGACUGGACCGUUAUCAUUAAACUUACCAGACUUACAGGAGUAAUUUUUCUGGGGCUCGCAAUCCACUCCUUUCUUGUUCUUCCAUUGAUUUUCUUCGUGUUCACCAAACAGAACCCCUUUCUCAUCUUCGCACAGAUUUCCAAGGCUUUGUUCACCUCAGCGGUCCUGGCGUCCAGUGCCGCCACUCUGCCUAUCACCAUCGAAUGCUGUGAAGAGAACGUGAAGAUUGAUAGGACACUCUGCCGCCUUAUGUUGCCAAUGGUCAGCAGCUUCAACAUGAACGGAAUGGCGCUGUAUGAAGUGGUCGCUGUCCUCUUUAUUGCCCAGUCAAGUAACACCCUUUUGGAUGUCAGCCAGAUCAUCACCAUUUGUGCGACCUGUUGCAUUUCAAGCUUUGGAGCUGUAGGUGUUCCGGCAACGGGAUCUGCAACCACUAUCGUGAUUUUGACAGCUGUGGGACUACCUGCACAUGACGCCUCCCUUCUGCUGGUCUUUGAGUGGUUUCUAGACCAUUUCACUACCAUAGUCAAUGUGCUAGGAGACUGCUAUGGUGUGGCUCUCAUCCAUCAUCUGUGCCAGCAUGAGCUCUGGACCCAGGACAAAUUAAGGAUGGAAGGGAUACGUUCCACCGGGGAGCUCGAGCUGGACUUACUCUGCUUGGAAAACGAUGAAGAGUUCAUUACUUCCUCUUCCUCAGAAUCCAUUUCAUCUAAGUGAGGGGAUCAUCUCGGCACCAUAUUAACAUCGACGUAUUCAGCAUCAGGACAGGAAUGUCAGCAACCUGGGAUGUGUCAACUGAUCAUUUCAUGUUUGAAUAUAUUCGUUGCGAGCAGGACGGUGCCAAAGCAGUUUAUUCAUCUGUAUUUAGUUUCUGUUUUAUUUCUCUUUUUGCAUCUUUUAAAUUAUUUAUAUUCAUUAAUUCAUUAACACAAUUCUAGAGUUUAUUGUUGUAUGCAAUGGCGUGUUUACCAUGUGGACGUUACUAUUUAUAUAAAAUGAAUUUUGACAAUAGAAAUAUUUCUCUAGUGUUUCCUCACUAAUUAACUGAGCUGUCACAGUUCUUCAUCUUCUCUGAUUGAUUUUCUCCCACUUCCAAAUCCUCACGGUUUUAUUUCCUGUAAUUACUUGCGUUAGCUGUUCCUUUUUUUUAUUAGUAGGAUCAUUUCAUUAUGUGUGUCUGGUGGUUAAACGCCUUUCUUUCUGUUUUUAAGCUCUGUAACUUUGUAUCAGGCUUGACUGAAUGACAAAUGCUCUACAUACAAAAUUUGGCUGAUUGAUUGAUACAACAAUACUUUGUAAAUAAAUACAUUUCUUCGUGUUGCAUGAA